AGUUCUCAUGACGUCAUCAAUACGUGUCCGGGUCGGGCCAGAGAGAAAACAGAACAUUGCAACAGUUUCCGCUCACGUGCAAUAAAUAAAUCGGCGUAAAAGUCUUUUGUCACUACAACUGCCUCACUUAAAGAUACAGGCAUAUUCCUGAGAUAAGCAUUUUCCAGGUGACACAUGCGAAGUGCACAAGGAUACUUUUUUUUUAAAGUUGACUGACGUGGAACACCGUGACUGGAAAACGUUCCCGUCAGUGUGUUGCUUAUUUUAAUGACGUUGCUUCGGGUAUUCGUGAAGUUUUAAACAGUAGCUAUUAAUUUUUGCGGGGAGGAAAUUUGUAUGUGAAGUGCCUGUCAAGUUUAAUGGUCGUAUGUAUCCAGACUAAAGGAUGAACUCGAUGUCUCACUUAGGAUCCGCAUCAAUGGGACUGACAGCCAUCAUGAAGGUGGCAAAGUGCCCCAACGAGGAGCUCUCCUUCACCAAUUGUGUCAUUGUUAAUGAAAAUGACUUCAACAUGAAGGUCAAGUAUAUUCAAGUAACAGCUGACCAUCAGAAGAAGUUCAUAUUCACCAUCAGACAUGACCGUGGUGUCAAGCCAGGCCACAUGGGCUUCAAUGCUAUCCAGCGGAAGCAAGCGUUACUUUCACUGGAUCAGGAGAUCCAAGUGGAGGCAUAUGUCCAUGAUCCUCAAAAGCAGCUAAUUGGAACUCUGGUGUUGGAGGCUGACUUCCUGCAGAAGAAGAGCACCACCAACGAGCCCUACAACACAGACCAGAUGGCCGCAUCCUUCAUGGAGCAGUUCCCACGUCACGGGUUUACUGUCGACCAACCACUGGUAUUCAAGUUCCAAGACAAAAAAACGCUCUCCAUCCUUGUCAAAGAGAUUGAAGCGGCGGACCCAGAGGCUGUUGCAUCUGGGAAGAAGAGGGAGCCAAAGAAGAUCCACUUUGGAGUCCUCCAGGCUAAUUCAAGCAUUAUUUUUGAAAAGAGUGAAGGUUCUUUCUUGAUCCUCACAGGAAAAGCAAAAGCACGGACAACCCACACAAGCCUGUUCUCAGCUGACUGGGACUUCCAGAAGAUGGGCAUAGGUGGUUUGGAUGAGCAGUUUGUCCAGAUUUUGAGGAGAGCAUUUGCAUCAAGGGUUUUCCCACCAGAAGUUGUUGAACAGUUGGGUGUUAAGCACGUAAAGGGCAUCUUGCUUUAUGGACCUCCAGGUACUGGAAAAACUUUGAUGGCCCGUCAAAUUGGAAAAAUGUUGAAUGCACGUGAACCAAAGAUUGUUAAUGGCCCUGAAAUUCUAGACAAGUAUGUAGGAGAAUCAGAGGCUAAUGUGCGACGUCUUUUUGCUGAAGCUGAGGAAGAAGAGAAGCGAAUGGGCCCAAAUUCUGGCCUUCACAUCAUUAUCUUUGAUGAGAUUGAUGCUAUUUGUAAACAGAGAGGAUCAGUUGCAGGCAAUACUGGUGUAAAUGAUACUGUAGUUAACCAGCUCUUGUCUAAGAUUGAUGGUGUUGAACAGCUGAACAACAUUUUGGUUAUUGGGAUGACCAACAGAAAGGACAUGAUUGAUGAGGCUCUGUUGAGACCUGGCAGAUUGGAGAUCCAGGUAGAAAUCAGUCUGCCCGAUGAACAAGGCCGUUGUGACAUCCUUAAGAUCAAGACUGCCAAGAUGCGAGAGCACAACAAACUGGAUCGUGAUGUAGAUCUUGCAGAGGUUGCUUCUCUCACCAAGAACUUCUCUGGAGCAGAACUGGAGGGUUUAGUAAAAGCAGCUUCAUCAUCAGCUCUGAAGAGAUAUAUUCACCUGGGGAACAAGAUUGAAGUGGAUCCAAAUGCCAUUGACAAGCUGAAGAUCACAAGAAGUGACUUCAUUUACUCUCUAGAGAAUGAUGUGAAGCCAUCAUUAGGGACCAGUGAUGAUGCCCUGGCCAAGUAUAUUGAAAGAGGAAUUAUUAACUGGGGAGCUACAAGGGAACUAGUGGAAAAAGGUCUGAUGUUUGUAAAGCAGGCCAGAUCCCCAGAAACAAGCAAUCGUUUGUGUCUUCUUUUGGAGGGGGCACCAACUGCUGGAACAUCAGCACUGGCAGCUUACAUGGCCAAAAAUUCUGAUUUCCCCUUCAUCAAGGUUAUUGACUCACGAGAAAUGGUUGGUUUCAUGGAAUCUUCAAAAUGUCUUCGUAUCAGCAGGAUUUUUGAUGAUGCUUACCGCUCUGAACUGAGCUGCAUAUUCUUGAAUGACCUAGAACAUCUCAUGGGUUACUCACCCAUUGGCCCAAGAUACCAGAGUCUAGUGCUUGAUGCCAUGUACUCCCUUCUCUCUGCUUCUCCACCAAAAGGCCGCAAAUUACUUGUCAUCUGUACAUCAAAACGAAGAGCAGUACUGGAGGAACUGGGUCUCCUGUCAGCAUUUACAGCUGUCAUCAGAGUCCCAUACAUUGCACAUCAGGAGGAUAUCAGACUAGUGCUUGAAGAAUCAGGUGCUUUGUCUUCAGAAGAAACUGAAGCAGUCAUGGAUCACAUCAACAAUGGCCGUGUCUUUGUUGGGGUGAAGAAAUUACUUGGUCUCCUGGACACCAUGCGAGUUAUGAAGGGAGUGGAUUCACGCAAGAGAGUUGCAGCAUUUGUUAAUUUGCUUGAAGAUGAAGGUGUUUUCACCCCAGAACUUUGAAAACAUAAACAGUGGAAGAACUGGUUAGGUCAGAGACAGUUGAUUAGGAUAAAACAAAAAUUCCUAAAAAUGAGGAAAAUUACUGGAUAGAUUAAUAAGUGUUGAGAGCUAGAGGAUUAGAUUUAGAUAACAGAUUGGUAAGAUGGAGUAAACAAGGAAAAAAUCCUGCUAAUUUAAAAGUAUUUGCUUUGCGCAGUGAUAUCCAUCUAUUUUGUUAUUUGAUUUUUCUUAAAUAUUGAACAUAUUGUCUCAGUGUUAAUGAUGUCUUUUGCAAAUUAAGAUUGUGACUGAGAUGAUCAUUUAAACUGCUUUACCAUUUAUAUAUAUAUAUUUGUCAUGUAUUUUUAUCAAUUAUUUUGUGUAAUUUAUAUAUUAAAAUUGACACCAAUCUUUGUCCAGAGGAAAGCCUUGCAGAAUAUCUGUGUUUAUACUUUUUAAGUCACCAUUUCAAUAGAUCAAGUGAGCAUUUGGAAGUUUCUGUUUAUGCCAAAGAAUCAUUUCAUUCUACCAUAUUUUCUCUAAAUAAAUAAGCUUGUUUUCUUUGUCAGGUAAUUUUAUUUAUUGAUAUAAAAUAUUAAAAAAUAUAUAUAUUAUUAUUAUCCUGUUGAUUUGGGAGUCCAGGCUUUAAAUAAAUUUAUAUAUUUGUUACUUCAUGAAAAACAUCCUGCAAUGUCCAAUAUUCAAGUUUUAGAAACUGUUUUUGUGCAUUGGCUGUGAGAAUUAGAAAACAGACAAGAAAGUAGAUAGUUAUUCACAUUCAGAUUAUUAUUAGUGUUCACAGUCUAUAUACAGUGUUUUAUUUUGGUGUCAGACAUGCAAGAACUAUUAUUUAUUAUGUGUGCAAGUUUACAUAUAAAUAUUUCCCUGUUAUCUUAUGAGGUUCCUUUUUAAUCACUUAUCAUUACAGAUUAUACAGACUGUUAUAAAAAGAGUGUUCUAAGUAUUGUUUUCUUUUAGUAAUCUAUAUAUUGCCAAGCCAUUCCAUUUGCUGAGAAGGGUAUGAAGAUUAAAUAGUUUUACAAGGUAGGACAUUUACAAAAUCUCUAUCCUGAUUUCAAAUUUGAAACUAAACAAGUCAUCUUAUCUUGUGAAAUUAUUCUUUCUCAUUCAUACAUUUUUCAACAGUUGUCAUAGUGAACCCAGUUCCACAUUCCAUUUGAUUUAAGGUGCUGAGAUUUUAAAAGUAUUUGAGACUUGUGGUAGUAGUGAAGCAAUCAAGUCAGAGUAGUGUAGAUAGAACUCCAGAGUAUGAAACUGCAAAUCAUAAUCAAGUAGGCUUUCAGUGUAUCUCAAAUUACCAUCAUGUUAGGAAUAUAAGAUGUUAAUUUUAUUUUUAUUUUUUUCUUCCUUUUGACUCUUCCUUCUAUGUGUAUAUUUAUAUUUAUUUCUUAACAUUUUACAGAAAGAAAAUUAAAUCAUAUACCAUUUAACAUACAGUGGUGUGCUACAUGCACUUUUAUUUAUUGUUAUAUUACAAAGCCAAGAAAAUUAUCUUGGAGACUGGAUGCAUAUCAAAAACAUAUUUUUUCUGUCAUUAUCCUUCUUUAUGUACAUAUAUUUAUUUCAGAUUGUUCCUCUGUUGCCCAUAAGGUAAAAAAUGUUCAUGAUGCUCAUAGUGAAGUGUUUUAACCUCCAGAUAGUGUUGACACUCUCUGCUAGUGUAUUUGGACCACUUUUAAAGUUAUUGUUGACUGUUCUUAUCCAUAAUCAUGGGCGAUUUGAGGCUGUAGACGUGUAAAUAGGAACUGAGUUGCUACGUGUUUGUCACAAUUUAUCAUACUUGUUAUCCAGAGAAGACUAAAAACUACCAGUACAUUGUUUACUUAUUGUGUGUUUCUAUUCAAUUUCUCUUAGGCUGUAACACUUGUUACAUUGUUAUGUUGAGGAUUCCAAAAUGAAUAAUUCCAUUCUAUUCUUUAGUGAAUUAAAGGUAAUCAGAAAGGUUUGUCCUUUCUUUCUAAUACCUAUUUAUUUUUCAAGUUUCCUAGCUUUGGUCCUGAAGCCACAUACUAUGUAAAUAGAAUAGAAUGGAAAAAGGUUUCAGAGGACUGAUUAAAUAUCACUUCAUGACCAGGUUAAAACAAGCAAUGUCAACUUUAGUAGUGUUAGGACAAACUUUUUGAGCCUUAACUUGUCAAAAAUAUAUGGAUGUCUUUUACUGA